AAAAUUCGACGAAUUAGACUACCACCCAAUUAUGUGUUGAUAUCGUUGGAUGUAGUCUCCUUAUUCACGAAGAUUCCGAAAGAUUUGGUUGUAUCAGCCGUUAACAAGAGAUGGACAAAAAUCAAGAAAUUCACCAAUCUACCAAAAGAUGAAUUCAUCGUUGGAUUAACAAUGGUACUUGAUGAAUGCUGCUUUCAAUUUGAUGGGAAAUUCUAUCGUCAAGUGUUUGGUUCUCCAAUGGGAUCACCUGCCAGCCCAGUUUUCGCAGAUUUAGUCAUGGAGAUUUUAGAAGAUGAUGUUAUUCGAAAGCUGAAAUUCAAAUUACCUUUCUACUGGCGGUUUGUUGAUGACAUCAUAACAGCUGUUCCGGCAGACAAAGUUAAUGAGACUAAAGCUGAAUUUAACAGAUAUAAUGAACACAUCCAAUUCACCGUUGAAGAAGAACAGGAUUGUAGAAUAUCCUUCUUAGAAGUGUUAUGCAUACGUGAUGGCCGCAGCAUUAAAACUGAUUGGUAUCAUAAAGACACAUGGUCUGGCCGGUAUCUUAAUUUCAAGUCGCACUUACCUUCGUCCUACAAACGCAACACCGUUACACUUUUGACGCAAAAGAUUUUCCUCCUUUCCGAACCUGAAUUUCACAACAAAAAUUUGGAUUUGUUAAGAGAAAUCCUCAGAAAAAAUCUUUACCCAAUUGGAUUAGUUGAGAGUUUAAUGAAAGUGACCAAAGAAAAGUUUGACAAGAAUGAAAAAGCGCUACCGAAAGAAAAACUUCCUAUAGUUGCAGUACCUUAUGUUAAAGGGUUGUUUGAAAAGCUGAAGAACAUAUGCAAGAAUGACGUUAUGCUGAUUGGUAAAGGAGACAACACCCUAAAGAAGUCAGUUUUCAGUAAAUUGAAAGAUCCGACACCGAAGAUGAAACAGUCACAUGUUGUCUAUUCGAUUCCAUGUAGUUGUGGAUGUAAAUAUGUUGGCCAGACUUUACAGUAUUUGAAGUCUAGAACUGGUCAGCAUAAAUAUAACAUAGGCAUCAGUAACAAUGAACAUAGCGCAUUAUGUGAUCAUGCAAUUUCUACUGGUCACACGCCGCUAUGGGAAGAUGUUAAAAUUGUCUAUCGAGAAAGUAAUCAAAAGAAGAGAGACAUUCUAGAAAUGAUUGCGAUAAAAAAGACACCGAAUUGUCUCAACAAACAGACUGAUUGCAUAUUCUUGCCGUCGUCGUACAGUAACAUUAUCUGAAAUUCUGGUGAAAUUUGCACUGUGUGCUGUUGCUUUGUUACACGAAUUUGUGUGUUUUUUACGAUUAGUUAGAUACACUCAGUCUAGUUGAAUGUCUGUUGUUACAGACUUCUUUCAUUGAUUAAUUUAAAGAUUUUUGAUGUUUGUGACUACCAAUGUUUAAGUUUUUAGUAAGUUGACCGGUAUUAGUUUGCUAAGUUGUUAUUCUAAUGUGAAAUUAUGUAUUUUAGUUUAGCAUUGGAGUCGCAUAUGACGAAGCACACUUUUUAAUGCGUGUCUAAACUUAUUAUAUAAACAUUCGUGCCACUGAUGAUGGCAUCUAUUUGAUGUCGAAAUUAAUUUGGCAAAAAUAAAUUGAUUUUGGAACAAAUUGAGCGAUACCGAUUUUCUCUACAAAUAUUUAAAAUACGCUCAUCGAUUUGCAAUUAU